AUGAAUCAAGAGAAAACAGUUGAAGAACCAUUACUUAGUUAAGCCAAGAUGAAUGAAUAUAAAGAGAGAGAAUUUAGAGAAUAUCUAGUCAAUUAGGAUGUUACACUUGCAAUUGUUAAAUGUAAAUAUAUUAAUUAUUAAUUGUUUCUAGUUCUUCUUGCUUUGAGAAAUGCACCAAACAAACCUGAUUCUCCAAGUCAAGCACUUAUAGAUUAUUUUAGCAUUCAUAAAGAUACAAGAGCUCAUGAAGAAUUCGAAAAAUUGAAAAGUGAUGUUGAAUAAUUAGAGCAAGGUUAUUGAUACUUAUAACUGUAUAGAGAAUAAUCAAUUAUCAAAAGAGAUUGAUUAAAUAAAAGAAUAGAUUGUAUAAUAGAAAUUAGAAAAAUAACGUAGAGAAGAAGAGGAAAGAGUUCGUUUAGAAGAAGAAGCAAAAAAGAAUACAAAGAAACCUACAAAAAAAUGA